CCACAAUUCAAAGAUUGUCCGCAAGUGCUUUUCACUACAGCAGUGCUCUCCCAGACACAUUCGAGUCCCUGAGUUUCGGGGAUUCCCACUUACGUUUAUUUAGAUUUUAAUUGCUGGUUCAAAUCGCCAAGAUGUCGACCACUAUUGAAAAGAUCAAAGAGAUCGAGUCUGAGAUGGCUCGGACUCAAAAGAACAAGAACACCUCGUUCCAUUUGGGACAGUUGAAGGCGAAGCUUGCUAAGCUCAAGCGUGAACUCUUGAUGCCAAGCAGCGGAGGUGGUGGCGGCGGUGGUGCCGGUUUCGAUGUUGCGCGUACUGGUGUUGCGAGUGUUGGCUUCAUUGGUUUCCCAUCCGUCGGCAAGAGUACUCUGAUGAAUAAAUUGACUGGACAGCAUUCGGAAGCCGCGGCUUACGAGUUCACAACCCUCACAACUGUCCCCGGUCAAGUGAUGUACAACGGUGCCAAGAUUCAGAUUCUCGAUCUUCCCGGUAUUAUUCAAGGUGCCAAAGACGGAAAGGGUCGUGGUCGACAGGUUAUUGCAGUGGCUAAGACUUGCAACCUUAUCUUCAUUGUCCUUGACGUGAACAAGCCAUUGGUUGACAAGCACCCCCCCAACAUUCUGUUCAAGAAGAAGGACAAGGGUGGUAUUGCCAUCACCAGUACUCAGCCUUUGACCCAUAUUGACAACGACGAAAUCAAAGCUGUGAUGAACGAGUAUAAGAUUUCGUCUGCCGAUAUCUCUAUUCGAUGCGACGCCACUAUCGAUGACCUGAUUGAUGUCCUUGAAGCCAAGAGUCGCAGCUACAUUCCCGUCAUUUACGCGCUGAACAAGAUUGAUGCCAUCUCUAUCGAAGAGUUGGAUCUGCUUUACCGGAUUCCCAACGCCUGUCCUAUCAGUUCGGAGCACGGAUGGAACGUUGAUGAGCUGAUGGAAAUGAUGUGGGAAAAGCUCAAGCUGCGCCGAAUCUAUACCAAGCCCAAGGGCAGAGCACCCGAUUACUCGGCACCUGUUGUGCUGCGUUCCUAUGCAUGCACAGUCGAAGACUUCUGCAACUCCAUUCACCGCACUAUUAAGGACGACUUCAAGCACGCUAUCGUGUAUGGUCGCUCCGUGAAGCACCAACCGCAGCGUGUCGGCCUUUCGCACGAGCUGGCCGAUGAAGAUAUCGUGUCGAUCGUCAAGCGGUAAAGGAUUUGGCCACAAAUCCUAGACCCCUAUAGCCCGCGUGCGGAGCGGCGAGCUGAUCCAAGCGGCGCUGGUGGCAGGUGGUCUGUGCCAGCAUGUCUUUGCGCCUUCAGUAUGACAGGCACACGGCUUCUGGGAUAACUCCCCGUAAGACGCCACCGGACUCGAGCGUGGUUGGAUAGACUCGUUCCAGCACGGGCGACCAAGAUGAAUUGGGGGGAACCUUGAGUCAGAGCUACGUUUUGACGAGAUUGAUGGGUUGUGAGCAAGUAGCCUGCAUGGCAUCUGCUUACAACUUGGUGCCUUUCAAGGUAUAGCGUGACUUGCGGGUUGGUGAACUCGAGUUAGGCGUAUGCCAGGGGUUACACAAGCCCAGGGGCAGACACGAGGUGAAAAAAAGCCCUGGGUAUUUUCUGAUGCCCUUGGCAUGCGAGAGUCAUUUCUUUGUUUGGUAGUUGACCGAAGCGACCAGUCCAUAUUGUUAUGAUUACCCCCUUCUUUUUCAUUCAAGGUCCUUUGUCCUUUAUCUAUGAUUCCACCAAAAGUUCUAGAUCCAGGUCUUCACGGCAAGCGAGUCUAUUCUUUCAUACUUGUCGGGUGGCUUUUUAGGAAAUCAAAAGAAAUCGACGAAAGAAACAGCAGCCCAGUCAUAUAUUGCUUUUGUUGCCCAAUCCCGAUGGUUAAUAUCAAACCCCAACCGAUGGGGAGCGCACCACGCAUAUUGCCUCUCUCCAUGCACUAAAUAUGCGCCUGCAAGACUUUACCACGUUGAACGAAUAGAUUCCCCGGGUUAUCUCAAAAUUCGCUAUAGCAUCGGACGAUACAACCUCUUAU